UGUUCUAGCUGCACUACUGGGCUGCUGCUCAUCUAACUGUAUUUCGGGGGUGCUGAUAAAAAUAUCAAAAUGCGUCGAAACAUUUUCUGCCUUGCUUGUCUCUGGAUCGUGCAAGGUAAAGACAGAAUCAUCCAGUGUUCUUGGUAGCGAGUCGUCUUAGAGUUACGUUAGGUUGGCGAUUACGGUGUCAAAAACUAAUGGUAUCAAGAGUGACUAAUGGAAUCACAUUCAUUUGUAUCAUCUGAAGUUGAUAGAAAGUUGGUUAAGAAACGUGAGGUUUUUAAAUACGAAGACAGAGAGGAUGAUAAAAUCGAGAUUUAAAUUUAUAUAUAUAAAUUAACAUAAACAUAAACAAUAAACAUAAAAUAUGAAAUAUUACGCUACGAAAUGUUCUCACUUUUAUUGGCCCACCCUAUAUAGGCCUAUAUAAUAUAUAUAUAUAUAUAUAUAUAUAUAUAUAUAUAUAUAUAUAUAUAUAUAUAUAUAUAUUUGCAGAGCUCAAUAAUAACCUGAAAAUAUACAAAAUAUAUAAAUAUAUUUUAAAAAUACGAUAAUUUUAAAAAUAAACCUUAAGAAAAUUUUAAUAUAAAUAAAUAAUAAUAUUUUUUUAAAAAUAUUAUUAUUUUACUAUUUUGCUCUCGGUUCUUGCAAUUCUGUUAAGUAAGUUAUUAUUUUAAUUUUAGAAAAUUAUAAGACACGACAAGUGACAUUAUUAGUAUUUUUCUUUCAAUUUUCUCUACCUACAGGGUGUCUAAGCUUGGACCGGGCAGACAUCUUGUACAACAUACGUCAGACAUCGAGACCGGAUGUGAUUCCCACACAGCGAGAUCGCCCAGUGGCUGUGUCCGUCUCUUUGAAGUUCAUCAACAUCUUGGAAGUGAAUGAAAUAACCAAUGAAGUGGACGUGGUCUUUUGGCAGCAGACGACAUGGUCGGACAGGACCCUCGCCUGGAACAGUUCUCACUCACCAGAUCAGGUUGUACUGUGUACAAGGAUCUGAGUUAUUGGCUACCACAUAUUAAAGUGCCGUACUCUGUUCAACUACACUUGUUAAGACUUAGCUACCAAAUAUUAAAGGACCAUACAAUGUUCAACUACCCCUGGGUUUUAUGCUGUUAAGACUUAGCUACACAAUAGUAAAAGGCCAUUCUCUGUUCAACUACCCUUGUUAAGACUUAGCUACCAAAUAUUAAAGGACCAUAAUAUGUUCAACUACCCCUGGGUUAUAUGCUGUUAAGACUUAGCUACAAAAUAGUAAAGGGGCAUUCUCUGUUCAACUACCCUUGUUAAGACUUAGCUACCAAAUAUUAAAGGACCAUACAAAGUUCAACUACCCCUGGGUUAUAUGCUGUUACGACUUAGCUACCAAAUAUUGAAGGGCGACACUCUGUUCUUCUGCCUCUGGGUUAUAUGCGGUUAAGACUUUUACUUAAAUCCGAAGUCGAAUUUGAUGCGAGUUAACUCUUUUCCGGAAUCCUAAUAAAAAGUUCGACAGCCUGAGAAAUGGCCGGUGUUGUCCAGAGAAAGGUUUUGGUGUUUUGGGGGACAGGGGUGUGCCUGGAUACAGCAAAAAUGGGGGCCCUUUUAAAUAUAUAGCUUAGAACUCAGUGUGUCAUAGAAACGAUUCCAAUCUUGCCCUAUGAAUAAUCCAGGAAUGUCGUUGUCAAUGAGUUUUCCCAGACUUAGAAUUGAACAUAUCCUUUUUAGCUCCAAAGAUUAUUUUCUGUUAUGGAUUUAUAAAGAUUUCCUUAAAAUGUUUCAAUAUUUCGCUGUAAAAAAUCCAAUCUCAGAAUUUUGUAAUUAAAAAAGAACAAUUUAAAAAAAUUGCGUUUGAUAUUGAUACCGUUUUGGUUUAACUCUAAAAAGAAACUUAAAUUUUAGUCAAAUGGGACUUUUUAACAGUGCAAAAUAUAUACAAGUGAAUUGCAUACUUCUUUUUUAAGGAUUGAUGCAAGUUGAUCGAUAAUUUUGUUUCAUAUAAUUGCAUAUAAAAUAAUAAUAUGGUUAAAUAUUAACAUUAAUGAUCAAACAGCUUUUAAGCAAUUGAGGGACUAUGUGUAUUUUUUUUUUUUUUUUACAUCUUCCUCAUUUGGUAUGAAAUAUAGUUUUAACGCAACACUCCUUAUCGUUCCAUGUCGCAGGUUUCCGUGCCAAUAAGCUCUUUGUGGGUGCCUGACCUCGCUGCAUACAACGCCAUCUCGAAACCUGAAGUCCUUACACCGCAACUGGCCAGGGUCGUAUCCGAUGGUGAAGUGCUGUACAUGCCGAGUAUCCGCCAGCGGUUCUCCUGCGAUGUAUCGGGUGUCGAUACGGAGUCCGGUGCUACGUGUCGGAUCAAAAUUGGUUCCUGGACCCACCACAGUGGAGAGAUUUCUGUAGAUCCCACGACAGAAAAUAGUGAUGAUUCUGAAUACUUCUCCCAAUACUCUCGCUUUGAAAUCUUGGACGUCACACAGAAGAAGAACUCGGUUAUCUACUCUUGCUGUCCGGAGGCAUACGAGGACGUUGAAGUGAGUCUCAAUUUCCGGAAGAAGGGACGCUCCGAAAUUCUUUAGUCAAGCGUUUAUGUUCCGACUGAUAUCCUAAGCGCAUCAUUUAAGGAAGAAAUGAAUCCUCAUGGAUAGAAUUCUUGUCUAACAUUUAAAAAAAAAUGUAUACAGCUAUUAGCCAU